AUGUCCUCUUCAAAUAAAAACUCCAACGUUGAGGAUUACUAUGGAUACUGGCAAUUGUAUCCCAAUAAUACGCGUGUUCGACGACGGUUUGUGCAAUUUGAAGCAUUAAAAAAUGGCGGACCAUUUUGUAUGAGAGUUGUUGCCGCUUUCGCAAUCGCAUAUCAUGUGGCAUAUUAUACUUAUCAGUUCACUGUGGUAAAUACAGAACAUCGACACGAUUUGGGGCAUGUGAUGUGGUUGAAACGCAAAUUGCCUUUCUUCGCAUCAAUUGGCAUUCCUUACAAGGAAAAAAUAACGGGUGAUCCAGAGAAGAGAUCGUAA